GACCUCCCCUUCGACCCCUCGGCAAGCAGUGGGAGAGCGGAAUCCGCAGCUUUUCUGCACCUGGCGCCUUGGACUAACGGGGAAUCUGGAAGUACAGGAUGGUUGUGGUUCUCCGAGCCGGCUGCAGGGCAGCUCUCUUCCUGUGGAUUUUCAGCAACAUCAGCUGCAGAGCCCGGACAGCCCUCCCGUCCUCCCAAAAAUGCGACGAACCUUUGGUCUCUGGCCUAGCCCCUUCCUUCUUCAGCAGUUCAUCAUCCAUGCCUUCUCCAUCAAAUAGCUAUGCGCCAGGGUUUGCAAAGCUAAACAAAAGAGGAGGGGCUGGAGGCUGGUGUCCAUCAGACAGUGAUCAUUACCAAUGGCUGCAAGUGGAUUUUGGCAACAGGAAGCAGAUCAGCUCUAUUGCCACCCAAGGCAGAUACAGCAGCUCUGAUUGGGUAACCCAGUACCGCAUGCUUUACAGUGAUACAGGAAGAAACUGGAAGCCGUAUCACCAAGAUGGAAACGUUUGGGCAUUUCCCGGAAAUAUAAACUCUGACAGUGUGGUGCGGCAUGAUUUACAGCAUCCAGUGAUUGCCCGCUAUGUUCGGAUACUUCCUCUGGAUUGGAGUGGAGAGGGUCAGAUUGGAUUGAGGAUUGAGGUCUAUGGCUGUUCUUACUGGGCCGAUGUUAUCAAUUUUGAUGGCCGUGUUGUAUUACCGUACAGAUUUGGACACAAGAAGAAAACGCUGAAAACACUGAAAGAUGUCAUCGCUCUGAAAUUUAAAACCUCUGAAAGCGAAGGUGUAAUCUUCCACGGAGAAGGGCAGCAAGGAGACUAUAUCACCCUGGAACUGAAAAAAGCUAAGCUGGUCCUUAAUUUAAAUUUAGGUAGCAACCAAUAUGGGUCCAUUUAUGGCCACACAUCUGUGACAACAGGUAGCCUCUUGGAUGACCACCAUUGGCAUUCUGUAGUAAUAGAACGUCAUGGGAGGAACAUCAAUCUCACACUUGAUAGACACUUGCAGCAUUUCCGGAUCAAUGGGGAAUUUGAUUACCUGGACCUGGACUAUGAGAUAACGUUUGGUGGCAUGCCUUUUUCUGGGAAACCAAGUUCAAACAGCAGAAAGAAUUUCAAAGGCUGCAUGGAGAGCGUAAUAUACAAUACCAAUAAUAUUACAGAUAUGGUCAGGAGGAAGAAAUUGGAGCCUUCUAAUGUGAGGAAUUUAAGCUUUUCGUGUGUGGAGCCCCAUACCGUGCCUGUCUUUUUCAAUGCUACCAGUUUCCUGGAAGUGCCUGGCCGUCCAAAUCAGGAUCUAUUUUCAGUCAGCUUUCAGUUUCGGACCUGGAAUCCAAAUGGACUUCUACUGCUUAGCAACUUUGCUGAAGGAAUGGGUACCGUUGAGAUUGACCUGAUUGAGGGCAAAGUCAGCGUUCAUAUCAAUGUCACUGGGGUGAAGAAGAAGAAUCAAAUAGACAUCUCUUCAGGUGCUGGCCUCAAUGAUGGACAGUGGCAUGAGGUUCAGUUCUUAGCAAAGGAAAAUUUUGCCGUGCUGACCAUUGAUGGAGAUGAAGCCUCCUCAGUUCGAAGUAACAGUCCUCUGAAAGUUUUGACGGGAGAGAAAUAUUUAUUUGGAGGUUUCCUCCAGCUCUCAUUCCAAGGAUGCAUGCAGCUUAUUCACGUGGAUGAUCAACUGGUGGAUUUGCAUGCUGUAGAACAAGGAAAACUGGGAAGUUUUGCCAAUGUCAGCAUUGAUAUGUGUGCCAUUAUUGAUCGGUGUGUGCCCAAUCACUGUGAACAUGGAGGCAAAUGCACUCAAACAUGGGACAGUUUCAGUUGCACCUGUGAUGGAACUGGUUACAGUGGAGCCACGUGCCAUAACUCUGUUUAUGAACUCUCCUGUGAAGCCUACAAACAUUUGGGCAAAGCGACAGGUUCCUACUGGAUAGAUCCAGAUGGCAGUGGUACACUGGGACCUUUGAAAGUUUACUGUGAUAUGACAGAGGACAAAGUAUGGACUACUGUGAAUCAUGAUUUGCAGGAGCGAUCUCCGGUGGUAAGCAACAGACCUGAGAAGCACGCGUUGCUACAGCUUAAUUACAGUGCCACCAUGGAUCAGAUCUCAGCUAUCACUGGCAGCGCUGAGUAUUGUGAGCAGUUCAUCUCCUACUUCUGUAAACUGUCAAGAUUGCUGAACACCCCAGAGGGUAAUCCAUAUACCUGGUGGAUUGGACGUGCCAAUGAAAAGCAUUACUACUGGGGUGGCUCUGGACCAGGUAUUCAAAAAUGUGCCUGUGGCAUUGAACGUAACUGCACUGAUUCCAAAUACCACUGCAACUGUGAUGCUGAUUCUAAACAAGAGAGAAAAGAUGCUGGCCUCCUAUCUUACAAAGACCAUCUACCUGUCAGUCAAGUGAUGGUUGGAGACAUUGGUCGGCCUGGCUCAGAUGCCAAGUUAACUGUGGGCCCUCUGCGAUGCAAUGGAGACCAGAAUUAUUGGAAUGCAGCAUCAUUCAUUACUCCGUCUUCAUAUCUCCACUUCUCCACCUUCCAAGGAGAAACUAGUGCUGACAUUUCUUUCUACUUCAAAACAUCAGCCCCUGAUGGAGUUUUCCUUGAGAAUCUUGGCAAUACAGAUUUCAUCAAACUUGAGCUAAAAUCUGCAACAGAUGUGUCGUUUUCAUUUGAUGUUGGAAAUGGCCCAGUGGAGAUCAUUGUGAGGUCGCCCAGUCCACUCAGUGAUGAUCAGUGGCAUCGGGUUACUGCCGAGCGGAAUGUGAAAGAGGCCAGCCUGCAGGUAGAUCAGCUCCCAAAAGAGAUCCGGAAAGCGCCUACAGAAGGCCACACCAGAUUAGAGCUGUAUAGCCAGCUGUAUGUUGGUGCUGCAGGUGGACAGAAGGGAUUCCUGGGCUGCAUUCGCUCUUUAAGAAUGAAUGGUUUGACUCUGGAUUUAGAAGAAAGAGCAAAAGUCACACCAGGUGUGAAACCUGGUUGUUCGGGCCAUUGCACCAGCUUUGGGAUGUUCUGUAAGAAUGGUGGCAAGUGUGUUGAAAAAUACAAUGGAUACUCCUGCGACUGCUCCAAAACGGCAUAUGAUGGCCCUUACUGCAAAAAAGAUGUUGGAGCAUUUUUUGAAGAGGGAAUGUGGCUCCGGUAUAAUUUUUCAUCAGCACUAAAUAAUGUGAAGGACUCAGGAAUCAGAACUCUCUUGAGCUCAAAAGAACCAGAGAACACUGUGUCAGAUCUAAGCCUGAAUAAAGAAGAGCUCAGUUUUAGUUUCAGCACUAACAGGGCCCCCUGUAUCCUUCUGUACAUCAGUUCCUACUCCCAGGACUACAUGGUGGUGCUGGUGAAUCCCUCUGGAAACUUACAGAUUCGAUACAACCUUGGAGGUGUGAAAGAGCCAUAUCAUAUCAAGGUAGAUCACAGGAACGUAUCAAAUGGACAACCGCACAGUGUUAACAUCACACGGACAGGAAAGGCGAUAACUGUCCAGCUGGACCACUAUCCUCCAGAAACACACACCCUGCCAGGACCAUCAAGCCUUCAGUUCAGCUCACUGAAGUCACUCUUUCUAGGAAAAGUAAUAGAACUUGGAAAGAUUGAUCAAGAGAUCCGUAAAUACAAUACACCAGGAUUCUCUGGCUGCCUGUCCCGCGUGCAGUUCAACCAGAUUGCCCCACUCAAAGCAGCCUUGAGACCGACCAACAUCUCCUCUCGCAUCUACACAGAAGGAGAACUUGUGGAAUCCAACUGCGGAGCAAAUCCACAAACUAUCCCACCAAUGUCUUCUGCAACAGACCCUUGGCAUUCAGAUUCAGGUGCUGGCCUCCCUUACAAUGGUGAAGUGAUAGGAGGUGGUGUUAACAGGAAUUCAGCCAUUAUUGGAGGUGUCAUUGCUGUUGUGAUCUUCACCAUCCUCUGCACCCUGGUGUUCCUCAUUCGCUACAUGUUCCGCCACAAGGGAACCUACCACACGAAUGAAGCCAAGGGGGCAGAAUCUGCCGAAAGUGCGGAUGCGGCUAUCAUGAACAAUGACCCCAAUUUUACGGAAACCAUUGAUGAGAGCAAAAAAGAGUGGCUUAUCUAAAAAUUGGGGCAGGCAGAGAAGCAGAUGGUUUGGGAGUAGGGAUUGGGGUGGGAUGGGCGAAGACUUUUUCAGCAAGAAGAAGAGAGCUCUUUUUCAGACUCUUGAGCACAUCUAGUUUAAACAAAAAGGAGAACAGCACAACUGGAGGAGCAAGUGACAGACAAACACUGAGACUGGAAACACAGCAGCAUUUCAGAAAAGUACUACUUAAUAUUGAUUUACCAUGAAUUGCCCCUUCUGAUAUCCAUCUAAACCAAGGGCAUAAUUUAAGAAGUUCCGCAUUGGUUCACACUUGUCAGUAACCACCUGUCUUCUUUGUCUGUGGCUAGAGGUGUUCAAAAAUGCCUGUCAGAACAGGGGCCACUUUUCUAUAUUUUUUUUAGAAGCCCUUUAGAAUGUAAAUAUUUCUCUCCUGAGAACAGCAACUCAAUCUCUAUAGCCCGGGACCAUUCUUCUCUCACAUUCUUGCAUUGAUCAUUUCCUAGAAAGGAUGCUGUAAAAGCUGGGUGGUGUUCACACAGUGUUUCAGUGAUUGUCAUUUUAAUGCGUGUUUAAAAGUUUCAGCAUGGGCGUAUCUGACUGCACUGCAGGCUUAACAGACAUUCUCUCUCCCCAGCAAAUUCUGGGAACUGUCACUCCGUUGGGGAAGGCUAGGACAUUCUAAGGCAGGGGUUAGCAACUUCUGAGGUUACGGGAGCCAAUUCCCCCCUCCCCUGGAAGUCACCAGGAAUUGCUCUGCUGCCCCCACAUUUUGGUUUGUUACCAAAGUUACCAGUAAAAUUUGGUGGCACAGCAGCAAAAAAGGGCUG